ACGCCUCACACACUGAAUUUUAACUAGCCCCUUCACGCCGGAGAGCAGGCUGCAGGCAGUCGAUCCUGUGCGCACUUGCCGUGCAGCAGCAGAGAGAUAUCGGCGCGUCAAACACCUCUACAGCUUUUUCAGGAUGCUAAAGCAAGACGAAAAAGCGGGCACGGAGAGUAGGGGCGCCUGCAUUCUUAAUUAAACAGAACCAGAUUGCCAAGUUAGUCAUUUUGGAAGCAGAAAUACCACAAGCCUCCCCGUAGCUCAGCGCGCACAGAUUGCAGUUGUCAAAUCAUGUGUGUGUUUUUCUAUCUCAACUAUUAGGAAGUGCUCUGUUAGGAAAUCGCUUUCAAUUCACAGUCAGCUGCUGAGAUACGGCUUCUGCAAAUCAUGCAGGGACGGGUACUGUAUUUUCUACCAGGCUGAAGACAGUUCAAAUUGAGGAUUAUUUCAACAUCACUUUUGGUUCCGUACAUCAGGCUCCGUCCUCUCUGCACCAACUCUUCAGUUCCGCCGCUGAGCCCGGACCCCAGCCGGACUGUACAUUUCCAUGCAGCCGCAAAGGGAGAGGAGAGAGGUGCGAUCCGGAGCUGGAUGGAUGGGUAUGGGGAAAGGGGCAGGACCCUCAGCCCUGGGAAUCGGCCAGAUCCUCUCGGUUUUUCUGUGCAUCUUUCCUGCAGUGAGCCUGCAGUGUAAGAUCUUGAAGUGCAACUCCGAGUUCUGGGCCACGACGUCCGGCAGUCACCACUCGGGCCCCGAGAGGGCCCCUGAGUUCUGCACGGCCCUCCGCGCGUACGCCCACUGUGUCCGAAGAACGGCCCGCACCUGCCGAGGGGACCUUGCCUACCACUCGGCCGUGCACGGCAUCGAGGACCUCAUGAGCCAGCACAACUGCUCCAAGGAGGGCCCCACAUCACAGCCGCGCCCCCGUACCUCCACCCCGGACAGCCAGGAGCGCUCCGACAGCCCCGAGAUCUGCCACUACGAGCGGAGCUUCCACAAGCACACGGCGCCCCCCAACUACACCCACUGCGGCCUGUUUGGGGACCCGCACCUCAGGACCUUCGGGGACGACUUCCAAACCUGCAAGGUGCGAGGCUCCUGGCCCCUUAUAGACAACAAGUACCUGUAUGUGCAGGUCACCAACUCCCCGGUCCUGCCAGGGUCCCUCGCCACAGCAACAAGCAAGCUAACGAUCAUCUUCAAGAACUUUCCGGAGUGCGUCGACCAGAAGGUGUACCAGGCUGAAACUGACGAGCUGCCAGCUGCCUUCGUAGACGGCUCUAGAAAUGGCGGUGACCGGCACGGGGCAAACACCCUGCGCAUCGUGGAGAAGACGCCCGGGCAGCACAUAGAGAUCCAGGCCAGGUACAUCGGCACUACCAUCGUGGUGCGCCAGGUCGGCCGCUACCUGACGUUCGCAGUGCGCAUGCCCGAGGAUGUGGUGAACUCCACCGAGGACACGGAGAACCAGGGCCUUUACCUGUGCCUGCGCGGCUGCCCGCAGAGCGAGCGCAUUGACUUCAGGACCUUCCGGGUGCGGGCAGCAGAGAGCCACGUGGCCGCUGUGGGGGGCAGCAGGGGAUCUGUGUCCAUGGAGGCUUUCACCUACAAGUCAGCCAUGGUCAAAUGCAAGGAGAGACUUCCUGUGGAGGAUUUGUAUUUCCAGUCCUGCGUCUUUGACUUGCUCACCACGGGCGACGUCAAUUUCACCUUGGCUGCGUAUUACGCUUUCGAGGACAUGAAAAUCUUGCAUUCAAACAAAGACAAGUUCCACAUCUUCGAAAGGACUGGGGACCUGACACCGGGAAACUCUGCACCCGGGAGGCCCUCCACCCCUUCCUCGCUCUCGGCCCUUCACUUCCUCGUGUUACUGCUGUGGAUUCAGUGCUGUUUAAUCCAUCUAUAGUGUGGUGUUUACAUGAAACUUUGUCAUGAAAGCCGCAGUGUGAACCUGCGAGACAUGCUCUUCAUCUUCAUACCUUAUACCUCAGUUAACUCUAGGAUGUGAAAACGAUCCCAUUCUCCCAACACAUCUAGUUCAAGAAAGAGGGGAUUAGCACUGAGCAGAGCAGCACCGUGCAUGACAAUGCAGGGGAAUGCAACGGGUUCCUGCCUCACUACAGUGAUCAACCCAGUCCCAUACCAUUUAAUAUCUAUCAACUUUGCAAGGUCAUCAAAAUCAUGGCAACUGGUUUUCUGCAGCAAUACUUUACAAAUUAAUGCACAAUUAGUUUGCAAAACAAACACAAAAAAACCAUACAUUGGAGAUGACUUUAAAUAGUUCUGAAAACUCUUGGGUGAGAUUGCAGACCCUUACGUUUCGGUGAGAAUCCACAGCCAAACAGCAGUCAGAAAGGUUGGCCAGGUUGUUUGCUAUUGAAGAUUUGCCUGUUGCAGGUUGUGGCUCCACACAGCAGUCACAGUUCCUUCAUGCAAUACUGUACAUGGAAGAGCCCAGAGGCUGGAUGUAAAUUCCACCCAGGGUUUGAUGUCGGUUGACGCGCGGGUCAAUAGAUAUUGCUUUGUUUUGCCAAGUUGAACAGCAGGGCUUUAGAUGAGAGGAGUCCCAGCUCGGUGUGGGACAGCGUGGCUAGGGCUCACUGCAGUGAAGUGAGUAAAGGAGGAAAUAAAACUCACUUGCUGUAAAAGGUUAAAAGCUGAAACCUAAAAAAUAACAACAGGUCUUGAUCCCAGCCCACUGCUUAGCUGCAAUACCACAGCUGCCCACUACCAUCUUAUGGCAGCACUAAGCGUGUGCACACCUUGCUAACAGCUGUCCCUUUUCUCCAAAGAGUUCUGUGGAUAUUAAAAAUAAAGGAUUGGGGCUGAACAGGGUCCCCUGAUUGCAUGUUACACUAAUAGUGCUGCUAAACAAUGCUGUUGGGGAAUGGGAGAGUGAGACACAUACAUUGUGUUCAGCAUCUUCUGCAAUAUGGGCUGUGCUUGCUAGCUUGCAACAGAGACACGCUUGGUGGUCUUGGCAUUGUGUAUAUAUAUAUAUAUAUAUAUAUAUAUAUAUAUAUAUAUAUAUAUAUAUAUAUAUAUAUAAAUGCACCAGUGUUUAAAAUUCCAUAGCACUAACAAAGCAAGUUCUUGUAAUGUAUGAUGUCUUAGUGUUCCUAAUCUUUGGAUCUUUCCUAUAGUAAACUAGCUGAAAUGUCCGAGUGUAUCACGAAGCGAGGCUGCCUGCCUCUCAAGUUAGACUGGCUCCCCCGCCUGUGGCUCCAUUCCUCAUUUACUGCACGGCUUUGAUUCUGCUGAUUAAACAGCCAGGAAGCGGCUGCGUCUUUUUCAAAUUAAUAAGCUACAGUGUUGCACCGUAUGCCUGGUGUGAGAAGGGCUGUGAGCAGGCUGCAUGUAAAUAAAUAGGAGUUUGUAGAGAGUGCGGGGACUGGCAGCCAGAACCAGAUCAUUUGCAUUCCACAGCCAUCUUAGAAAUGAGGCUGGAUGUCACAUUUCAUGGCUCAGCUAAAAUUUUCACAUCAGCCAAAACGAUAGUGAAUUACACCACUCUGUUCUUUUACAGUUACGGAAUUCCCAAUUUUCCCAUUGAGAUCAUUCAAUGAUAAACUUCGUUUGGGGGUUAAAGGCAGGCAGUGGUGUGUGUGUCCUGCUAUACAGUAUAAUAGCAUGUGUGAGCGAGCGUGUGCACACAUUUCAUUUGUGAUAAUGGCAGAUCCGUUGUUUCUAAAAUUGGACAUUAAUUUAUUCAAACGUCCAACAAUGAAUUACCAAAAAGCCCACUGUCUGCUCCACGGACUUUCUUUAAGAUCAUUUCAUCUUGUACGCAAGCCUCGUGGUGUCUUUCUAUUGCUGUGGAUGGAAUUACUGGUACGAUUUGCAUAACACCACACUGCUUUUAAAAAACAAAACAAAAAAUCUUUCAAAAAAAGGUGUGUAACAUUGAGUUGUGCUACUGGCUGUGGUUUAUAUUGUCUGUAUAAUAUAUGGAUCUCCAAGUGGAACCCUUGUGACAGUGCAUAGAGUUGUAUAAUGUUCAGUUGCUUUAAAAAACAAAAUGUUUACCUGUUGUGAAAACUUGUACAAAACUGAUUUUGGGGAUGAAAAUGUUACACGUGAUCUUUCCUGAAAAGGGGAGCUGUAAAAACAGGGAUGUUACAAUAUUCAGAGACCUGUACAGUGAUCCAGGACUUCUAAUACUGUGAUGAGGAUUUCUGAACAGUGUCACCCAGUAAAUGACCUUGAAAGGAACAUAAGCUCUUGGAAGAGUUUCUCAGCAAUGUUGAGACAUCCCUGUUGUAGUUUUUGUUGUUGUUAAAAGCACUUUAUUAUUUGAUUUUCUUUUAUUGGCUGUCAUUGGGUUGUAACUUGUUUGUGAACCGAAGACAGCGGACUCAAAAGGGAAACUAGCUAAUGUAAAAAAAAUCAAGUUAUUGUGUUUGUAUGGAGGACACAAGCGGAACAUCACUGCGUGUAUAUAAUGGAAAUUAUUUAUUGAGGAGAAAAUUAAAGUUUGUUUUUGUUGUGUUGUUUUUGGA